AAGCUAGAACAAGCUGAUAAUUUAAAUAAUGAUCUAUUUCAAGAUUUUAAUCAUAGACUAUUGAUUGAUACUGUGGAAGAAUACCCAAUAAAUGAUGAAAUUUUAGAGAAAGAAUCUUCAGAAUUUGAAGGUUUCGAUAAAGAGUAUAGACCAUACUUUUCAAAUUUUACA